AUGCCUCCUGACUGUCGAAUAACCACUAUACUGCUGUGCUGGACGACCCUAUUCUCUGCACUCUAUGACGCCUUCUAUAUCCCUGGCUACUCAAUCCAAAGUUACAAAGACGACGAGUCCAUCCCCCUUCUAGUCAACAAGGUCUACUCGGACAAUACACAACUCCAAUUUGCCUACUUCGAACUGCCUUUUGUUUGCCCUCCCACUGGGAACAAGCAGAGUGGCUCACCUUUUGGCUCUGGGCACAGUGUGCCGCUUAAUCUGGGCGAGGUAUUGAGAGGAGACCGCAUUAUGACCUCCGACUUUGAGAUCAACAUGAAUCAGGAUAUCGAAUGCCGCUAUCUCUGUGAUCAGAGUGUGACGAGAAAAGAUGUCAGACGGGCGCAGCAACUCAUCGAGGAUGGAUAUGUCACCGAGUGGAUAUUAGAUAACCUUCCAGGGGCUACGUCCUUUGUCACCGUUGAUCGAUCUCGGAAGUACUACGCUGCUGGUUUCAAGCUGGGAGAGAAGGAGCUUGAUCUGGAUAGUGGGAAAAUGCGAUACGUCCUAAACAAUCAUUUUACCAUGGUUAUCCGAUGGCGGAAAGCGCCUGGCAAGGAAGGCACCCGAGGCGCAAAGGUUGUGGUGGGGUUUGAGGUGUAUACCAAAAGCAUCGGGGGCUCGCAUAGGAACGAAACCGGCUGUCCUGAGGUCUCUGGCGACCACGAAAAAUUUCAGCUCUACAUUGCUCCGAACAACACCGAGCUGGCUGCCAAGUAUCCGGAUUCGUCUUAUCUUCCAGAGGAUGACAUGGAUGUCCAUGAUGGGGCGACGCUCACCAUUCCAUACACAUACUCAGUCUAUUUCAGAGAGGAGGCCACAGUUGAGUGGAGCAAUCGGUGGGAUCUCUAUUUCACUGACCAGAGCGAGAGCACUGUAACGCAUUGGCUGGCUAUUCUGAAUUCGUUGAUCAUUUCAGGCAUUCUGGGUGCCAUCGUGAUUGUCAUCUUGAGUCGAACAUCACAGGGUGAUCUGCGAGGUCGUGGAGAUAGCUAUCUGGAGGAAGCCAAAUUCAGGACCAGAACGCGCAGGAGUGGAGACAGGAAAUCUCCAAAGGGUGGCCUGCUUGAGAAAAUUACCGAAACUGAGGUGGAUGAGGAUCUUUCAUCAGACGAUGAAGCGCUGGACGAUGUUACAGGCUGGAAGCUUCUACACGGCGAUGUUUUCCGAAUUCCGCCGCAUGCUGGAAUAUUCGCGCCACUCAUUGGGUCUGGCAUGCAAUUACUUUUCAUGGUAACAGGCUUACUCCUACUAAGCUGCCUUGGUGUCCUCAACCCGAGCUUUCGUGGCGGAUUUGUCAGUGUUGGCUUUGGCUUGUUCAUCUUUGCUGGCGGUUUCUCUGGCUAUUUCUCUGCUAGGGUCUACAAGACUUUCGGUGGUCAAAAUUGGAGGAAGAACAUGCUGAUGACUGCUCUUUUGUUUCCUGGUCUACUCUUCAGCCUUGUCUUCAUUCUCAAUCUGUUCGUCUGGGCGCAAGCCUCAAGCACAGCACUCCCUUUCGGUACCCUCAUGGGUUUGGCGUCAUUGUGGCUUCUUAUCCAGGUACCCCUGGUAUAUCUGGGCAGCUGGUACGGAUAUGUCAAGACUGAAGCAUGGCAACACCCAACCAGAACCAACGCAACACCACGCCAAAUUCCGGCCCAAUCGUGGCAUACACGGAGCCUGCAAGUCGUUCUUCUUGCUGGACUGGUGCCAUUCGCAGUCCUCUUCAUUGAGUUGAUGUUCGUAUUCAAGAGCGUGUGGCAGGACAAAAGCGGCUACUACUAUGUGUUUGGCUUCUUGAGUGUUGUCAGCAUAAUUCUUAUCAUCACCGUGAGCGAGGUGACCAUUAUCGCGACCUAUAUCCAGCUUUGCUCAGAGAACCACCAUUGGUGGUGGCAGAGCUUCUUCGUGGGUGCCGGCAGCGCACUAUGGGUGUUUGCCUAUUGUGUCUGGUACUAUGCUACUCGACUGCAUAUUCAAGGCUUCAUUUCCAGCAUCCUCUUUUUCAGCUACAGCUUUCUGGCCUGCGUUGUCUACGCGCUUCUGACAGGUACGGUUGGGUUUCUUACAGCGUAUGCAUUCGUCAGGCGUCUUUACAGCGCAACCAAAGUGGACUGA